AGCUAACGUCAACGAAUCGCUCUCUUUUGCAAAGUUGCUUUCAUACUGUGCAGUGUUCUCUGGCCGGAGCUAAGGUCAAUUUUUGACGACUUGCACGGUAUUUUCCCCUUGACGGACAUAAAAAUGGCUCUAAACAAAGCUGAAUUAGCCUGUGUGUACUCGGCGCUCAUUCUUGUCGAUGACGAUGUCGCCGUGACCGAUGAGAAAAUCUCUACCAUUCUGAAGGCCGCUAACGUUGAAAUCGAGCCAUACUGGCCUGGUCUCUUCGCCAAAGCCUUGGAGGGAAUCAACGUCAAGGAUCUGAUUACCAAUAUCGGAUCCGGUGUUGGUUCCGGUGGCGCUGCUCCGGCUGCUGCUGCUGGUGGUGCUGCCGCUCCAGCUGCUGCUGAAAAGAAGGAAGAGAAGAAGGAGGAAGAACCUGAAGAAUCCGAUGACGAUUUGGGAUUCGGUCUCUUCGGUUAGAUCGCCUUCACUUCCAUCGGGACUUGCGGGUUUGGAGCGUUGGGAAAGGGCAGGCCCAUUACCCUGUCACGAUUUCCCAUCGCCCAAGUCCGCUAAACAUUAUUUUAUAUGCAGUACAGUUUUAAUGUACAUGUGUACAAAUAAAAUAUAAGUUUUCAACUCGUUCCAAAAACAAACUUGUUGAAAUGCA